AAAAACCUUUGUCUCUAUCUUUAACCAAUUUAGUCUCUCAAUAGCCCGCGAAAUGUGUGGUUUCAGACCGAAAAUCCCGCCCAUAAUCUACCAUUGAAAUAAUACCAACAAGAACCACCAAGAAAACGCAGAGCUCAUAAUAUACAUGGUAAUUAGGGUUAGGGUUUCUAUCUCCUCCUCCUCUUCCCCCUAAACCCACCUCACCCCUUCUUCUUCUUCUUCUUAAUGCAUUGCUCCUUAUCUUUCUCUAAAUCCCAAAUCCAUUAGCAAUGUUGAAGAACUUGCCAAUGGUUACAUCUCGAGAGGACAAAAAGGAGGGAGAAGGGGAGAUUAUUUUGGACGAGGAAGAGAAUAAUGCGCUGAACAACCCUAAGAACAAAAUGGACGUGAUCCAGGAACUAGUUGCUUUGAUUGAAGCCGUUCAAUCCAUCGGAGAUUUCAGACGGACGCAGAGGAAGGAGGCCCACAGCCUCGUGCGGCGGCUGAAGCUCUUGUUGCCGUUGUUGGAAGAGAUUAGGGAUAUUGACACGCGCAUCCCUGAGGCCGGUAUGACGUGUUUGUGUAAUCUUAAGAGGGCGUUUCUCGCUGCCAAGAAAUUGUUGAAGAUGUGUACCGAGGGCAGCAAGAUUUAUCUGGCACUGGAGAGCGAGGAUGUCAUGAUCAGGUUUCAUUCUGUUUAUGAAAAGUUGAACCAAGCUUUGGAUGGCAUGCCAUAUACUGAAAUAGGCAUUUCAGAGGAAGUGAAAGAACAAGUUGAGCUAAUGCGGAUGCAACUUAGACGAGCAAAGAAGCGAACGGAUACUCAGGAUAUGGAACUCGCAAUGGACAUGAUGGUAGUAUUAUCCACCGAAGAUGACAGGAAUGCAGAUAGUGCCAGCAUAGAAAGGCUGGCAAACAAGCUUGUACUGCACACCGUUGAGGACCUAAGGACAGAAACUGUAGCCGUAAGGAAACUUGUCAAAGAAAGAGGACAAAACGCAGAGACUAACAAGCAAAUCGUAGAUAUUCUGAGGAAAUGCAAACAAAUCGCAGGACUUGAAGUCACUGGUAUCCUCGAUGAUCCAACUGUGCCUAAAGCUCUUGCCAAAUGCCCUUCUCUGGCAGUCCCUAAUGAGUUUCUUUGUCCGAUUACUCUAGAAAUAAUGUCAGAUCCUGUUAUCGUUGCAACUGGACAGACGUACGAAAGAGAGAGCAUACAGAAGUGGUUAGAUUCUGAUCAUCGAACCUGCCCAAAAACUGGUCAAGUUUUGGCUCACUUGUCGCUAGCUCCGAACUUUGCCCUCCGAAAUUUAAUCUUGCAGUGGUGCGAGAAGAACAAUUUCCCACUUCCCAAGAAAGAAGCUCCCACAAGCUCCGACAACUCCAAUGUCGAACAAAAUAACGAGAUAUACUCAGUGGUCCAAAACCUAUCCUCUAAUCAGCUAGAAGUGCAGAGAAAGGCAGUUAGAAAGAUCCGUAUGCUUUCUAGGGAGAAUCCAGAAAACCGAAUUCUAGUAGCUAACAGCGGAGGAAUCCCACCACUGGUUCAACUCCUGUCUUAUCCAGAUUCGAAAAUCCAAGAACAUGCUGUAACAGCUCUACUGAAUUUGUCGAUUGAUGAAUCAAACAAGAAACUCAUAUCAAGAGAACAACCCAUUCCAGCCAUAGUCGAAAUCCUGCAAAAUGGAACCAUAGGGGCAAAAGAGAAUUCAGCAGCAGCUUUAUUUAGCUUAUCAAUGCUCGACGAGAAUAAAGCAAAUAUAGCAUUGUCAAAUGGGAUUCCACCAUUAGUUGGUUUGUUGAAGAAGGGGACAAUCAGAGGGAAAAAAGAUGCUGUCACAGCACUGUUUAACCUGUCCUUAUGCCAAGCAAAUAAGGCAAGGGCUAUUGAGGCAGGGAUCGUUGCACCUUUGCUGCAUUUACUCGAAGAUAAAAAUUUGGACAUGGUUAACGAGGCACUCUCUUUGUUGCUACUUCUCGCGUCAAAUUCUGAGGGCAGGGAAGAAAUUGGGCAGAUUUCAGUUAUCGAAACUCUAGUUCAAUUCAUCAAAGAAGGAACACCUAAGAAUAAGGAAUGCUCAGUGGCACUUGUUCUUGAGUUGGGUACAAAGAAUCCGAAUCUAGUUUUGGCUGCUCUACAGUGUGGUAUGUAUGAGCACGUGGUUGAACUUGAGAACAGUGGAACUAAUAGAGGUCAAAGAAAAGCGAAUUCGCUUUUGCAGCUUAUGAGUAAGUCUGAACAGAACUCCUGAAGAGUUAAAGGGAAAAGACUUCAAGGGGUUUGGUUAAAGGGAAAAGACUUCAAGGGGUUUGGUUGAUUUGUAAUAUACCUCAAGUGUUUACUGAAUUGGUAUGACUUGAUGGAAAAUUGAUUGUAAAUACUACGUUGUCAGCGUUGAUCAUCGUGAAUCUUGACAAAUGUAAUUUAAUUCGUUUAUUUUCC